AUGAGCGGCAGCAGCAGCGGCGGUGCCGCCGCCCCCGCCGCGUCCUCCGGCCCCGCGGCAGCAGCAGCAGCCAGCGCGGCGGGCUCCGGCUGCGGAGGCGGCGCCGGCGAGGGGGCCGAGGAGGCGGCCAAGGACCUGGCCGACGUCGCGGCCUUCUUCCGAUCCGGAUUUCGGAAAAACGAUGAAAUGAAAGCUAUGGAUGUUUUGCCAAUUCUGAAGGAAAAAGUUGCAUACCUCUCAGGUGGUAGAGAUAAGCGUGGAGGUCCCAUUUUAACAUUUCCAGCUCGCAGCAAUCAUGAUAGAAUACGGCAGGAGGAUCUCAGGAGACUCAUUUCAUAUCUAGCCUGCAUUCCUAGUGAGGAGGUCUGUAAACGAGGCUUCACAGUGAUUGUGGACAUGCGAGGGUCCAAGUGGGACUCCAUCAAGCCCCUGCUGAAGAUCCUGCAGGAGUCCUUCCCCUGCUGCAUCCACGUCGCACUCAUCAUCAAGCCGGACAACUUCUGGCAGAAACAGAGGACGAAUUUUGGCAGUUCUAAAUUUGAAUUUGAGACAAAUAUGGUCUCUUUAGAAGGCCUUACCAAAGUGGUUGAUCCUUCUCAGCUAACUCCUGAGUUUGAUGGCUGCCUAGAAUACAACCAUGAAGAAUGGAUUGAAAUCAGAGUUGCUUUUGAAGACUAUAUUAGCAACGCAACCCACAUGCUGUCCCGGCUGGAGGAACUUCAGGACAUCCUUGCUAAGAAGGAGUUGCCUCAGGACCUAGAGGGUGCUCGGAAUAUGAUUGAGGAACAUUCUCAGCUGAAGAAGAAGGUGAUUAAGGCCCCAAUAGAGGACUUGGAUUUGGAGGGACAGAAACUGCUUCAGAGGAUUCAGAGCAGUGAUAGCUUUCCCAAAAAGAACUCGGGGUCGGGCAAUGCAGAUUUGCAGAACCUCUUGCCCAAGGUGUCUACCAUGCUGGACAGGCUGCACUCAACUCGGCAGCAUCUGCAUCAGAUGUGGCACGUGAGGAAACUGAAGCUGGACCAGUGCUUCCAGCUGAGGCUGUUUGAACAGGAUGCUGAAAAGAUGUUUGACUGGAUCACACACAACAAGGGCCUGUUUCUAAACAGCUACACAGAGAUUGGGACCAGCCAUCCUCACGCAAUGGAGCUUCAGACGCAGCACAAUCACUUUGCUAUGAACUGUAUGAACGUAUAUGUAAAUAUAAACAGAAUAAUGUCAGUGGCCAAUCGCUUGGUGGAAUCUGGCCACUAUGCCUCUCAACAAAUUAAGCAGAUUGCAAAUCAGUUGGAACAGGAGUGGAAGGCGUUUGCAGCAGCCCUGGAUGAACGCAGCACCUUGCUGGACAUGUCCUCCAUUUUCCACCAAAAGGCAGAAAAGUACAUGAGCAACGUGGACUCGUGGUGUAAAGCCUGCGGUGAGGUCGACCUUCCAUCUGAACUGCAGGAUCUGGAGGAUGCUAUUCAUCACCAUCAGGGGAUCUAUGAGCACAUCACUCUGGCUUAUUCUGAGGUGAGCCAAGAUGGGAAGUCACUCCUUGACAAGCUGCAGCGGCCCUUAACUCCUGGCAGCUCUGAUUCCCUGACAGCCUCUGCCAACUACUCCAAGGCUGUACACCAUGUCCUGGACGUCAUUCAUGAGGUGCUGCACCACCAGCGGCAACUUGAGAACAUCUGGCAACACCGCAAGGUCCGACUCCACCAGAGGCUACAACUCUGUGUUUUCCAGCAAGAUGUGCAGCAGGUGCUGGACUGGAUCGAAAAUCAUGGAGAAGCUUUUUUGAGCAAACACACAGGCGUGGGAAAAUCUCUUCAUCGGGCCAGAGCUUUGCAGAAACGCCAUGAAGAUUUUGAAGAAGUAGCACAGAAUACAUAUACCAAUGCAGAUAAAUUGCUAGAAGCAGCGGAACAGCUAGCUCAAACUGGGGAAUGUGACCCAGAAGAGAUUUAUCAGGCAGCCCAUCAGCUUGAAGACCGGAUACAAGAUUUUGUUCGGCGAGUAGAACAACGAAAGAUUCUACUGGACAUGUCAGUGUCCUUUCAUACCCACGUAAAAGAGCUGUGGACAUGGCUGGAGGAGCUGCAGAAGGAGCUGCUGGACGAUGUAUAUGCCGAGUCCGUGGAGGCUGUGCAGGAUCUCAUCAAGCGUUUUGGGCAACAGCAACAGACCACGCUGCAGGUGACUGUCAAUGUGAUCAAGGAAGGGGAGGACCUCAUCCAGCAGCUAAGGGACUCUGCCAUCUCCAGCAACAAGACCCCCCACAAUAGUUCCAUCAAUCACAUUGAGACAGUGCUGCAGCAGCUGGACGAGGCCCAGUCACAGAUGGAGGAGCUCUUCCAAGAGCGCAAGAUCAAGCUCGAACUCUUUUUGCAGCUACGCAUAUUUGAAAGGGAUGCCAUUGAAAUCAUCUCAGACCUUGAGUCUUGGAAUGAUGAACUUUCUCAGCAAAUGAAUGAUUUUGACACAGAAGACCUCACAAUUGCGGAACAGCGCCUCCAGCACCAUGCUGACAAAGCCUUGACCAUGAAUAACUUGACUUUUGAUGUCAUUCACCAAGGGCAGGAUCUUUUGCAGUAUGUCAAUGAAGUCCAGGCCUCUGGUGUGGAGCUGCUUUGUGAUAGAGAUGUGGAUAUGGCAACUCGGGUUCAGGACCUGUUGGAGUUUCUUCAUGAAAAACAACAGGAGCUGGAUUUAGCUGCAGAACAGCAUAGGAAGCACCUGGAGCAGUGUGUACAACUGCGCCACCUGCAGGCAGAGGUGAAGCAGGUGCUGGGCUGGAUCCGAAAUGGAGAGUCUAUGUUAAAUGCUGGCCUGAUCACAGCCAGCUCACUGCAGGAGGCAGAGCAGCUGCAGAGAGAGCAUGAGCAGUUCCAGCAUGCCAUUGAGAAAACACAUCAGAGUGCCCUGCAGGUGCAGCAAAAGGCUGAGGCCAUGCUGCAGGCCAACCACUAUGACAUGGACAUGAUUCGCGACUGUGCCGAGAAGGUGGCUUCACACUGGCAGCAGCUCAUGCUCAAAAUGGAAGACCGCCUCAAGCUUGUCAAUGCUUCUGUUGCCUUCUACAAAACUUCAGAGCAGGUGUGCAGCGUCCUUGAGAGCCUAGAGCAGGAGUAUAAGAGAGAAGAAGACUGGUGUGGUGGAGCUGAUAAACUGGGCCCUAAUUCUGAAACAGACCAUGUCACUCCAAUGAUCAGCAAGCAUCUGGAGCAGAAAGAAGCAUUCCUAAAGGCUUGUACGCUUGCUAGAAGGAAUGCAGACGUCUUCCUAAAAUACCUGCACAGGAACAGCGUGAACAUGCCAGGAAUGGUGACACACAUCAAAGCUCCAGAACAGCAAGUAAAAAAUAUCUUGAAUGAACUCUUCCAGCGGGAAAACAGGGUAUUACAUUAUUGGACCAUGAGGAAGAGACGGCUAGACCAAUGCCAGCAGUACGUUGUUUUUGAAAGAAGUGCCAAGCAGGCUUUAGAGUGGAUCCACGACAAUGGGGAGUUCUACCUUUCCACACACACCUCGACAGGGUCCAGCAUACAGCACACCCAGGAGCUGCUGAAAGAACACGAGGAGUUUCAGAUAACUGCCAAGCAAACCAAAGAGAGAGUGAAGCUAUUGAUACAGUUGGCUGAUGGCUUUUGUGAAAAGGGGCAUGCCCAUGCAGCAGAGAUUAAAAAAUGUGUCACUGCAGUGGAUAAGAGAUACAGAGAUUUCUCUCUGCGGAUGGAGAAGUACCGGACCUCUUUGGAGAAAGCCCUCGGGAUCUCUUCAGAUUCCAACAAAUCGAGUAAAAGUCUUCAGCUGGAUAUCAUCCCAGCCAGUAUCCCCGGGUCAGAAGUGAAGCUUCGUGAUGCUGCUCAUGAACUCAACGAAGAAAAACGGAAGUCCGCCCGCAGGAAAGAGUUCAUAAUGGCUGAGCUAAUUCAAACUGAAAAGGCUUAUGUAAGAGACCUCCGAGAGUGUAUGGAUACCUACCUGUGGGAAAUGACGAGUGGAGUGGAAGAGAUCCCACCUGGCAUUGUAAACAAAGAGCUCAUUAUCUUCGGGAACAUGCAGGAAAUCUAUGAAUUUCAUAAUAACAUCUUCCUAAAGGAAUUGGAAAAAUAUGAACAGCUGCCAGAAGAUGUUGGACAUUGCUUUGUUACCUGGGCAGACAAGUUUCAGAUGUAUGUCACAUACUGUAAAAAUAAGCCUGAUUCUACUCAGCUGAUAUUGGAACAUGCAGGGUCUUACUUUGAUGAGAUACAACAACGGCAUGGAUUAGCCAAUUCUAUCUCUUCCUACCUUAUUAAACCAGUCCAGCGAAUAACAAAAUAUCAGCUCCUUUUAAAAGAACUGCUCACAUGCUGUGAAGAAGGAAAGGGGGAAAUUAAAGAUGGCCUCGAGGUGAUGCUCAGUGUGCCAAAGCGAGCCAAUGAUGCCAUGCACCUCAGCAUGCUGGAAGGGUUUGAUGAAAACAUUGAGUCUCAGGGAGAACUCAUCCUGCAGGAAUCCUUCCAAGUGUGGGACCCAAAAACCUUAAUUCGAAAGGGUCGAGAACGACACCUCUUCCUCUUUGAAAUGUCCCUAGUAUUUAGUAAAGAAGUGAAAGAUUCCAGUGGGAGAAGCAAGUACCUUUACAAGAGCAAAUUGUUUACCUCAGAGUUGGGAGUCACAGAACAUGUUGAAGGAGAUCCUUGCAAAUUUGCACUGUGGGUCGGAAGGACGCCGACUUCAGAUAAUAAAAUCGUCCUUAAGGCUUCCAGUAUUGAGAACAAACAGGACUGGAUAAAGCACAUCCGCGAGGUCAUACAGGAAAGGACGGUCCAUCUGAAAGGAGCCCUGAAGGAGCCCAUUCACAUUCCCAAAACAGCACCAGCAACGAGACAGAAGGGAAGGAGGGAUGGAGAAGACCUUGACAGCCAAGGGGAUGGCAGCAGCCAGCCUGACACCAUUUCCAUUGCCUCUCGGACAUCUCAGAACACACUGGACAGUGACAAGCUCUCUGGUGGCUGUGAGCUGACAGUGGUGAUCCACGACUUCACAGCUUGUAACAGCAAUGAGCUGACCAUCCGGCGUGGCCAGACGGUGGAGGUUUUGGAACGGCCCCACGAUAAGCCUGACUGGUGCCUGGUGCGCACCACUGAUCGAUCCCCUGCAGCCGAAGGCCUGGUGCCCUGUGGCUCUCUGUGCAUCGCCCACUCUAGAAGUAGCAUGGAAAUGGAAGGCAUCUUUAAUCACAAAGACUCGCUGUCCGUGUCCAGUAACGAUGCCAGUCCACCUGCCUCCGUAGCUUCCCUCCAACCUCACAUGAUCGGGGCCCAGAGCUCACCUGGCCCCAAGCGGCCUGGCAACACUCUGCGCAAGUGGCUCACCAGUCCAGUGAGGCGGCUUAGCAGCGGCAAGGCUGACGGGCAUGUAAAGAAGCUCGCCCACAAGCACAAGAAGAGCAGAGAGGUCCGUAAAAGUACUGAUGCCGGCUCGCAGAAGGACUCGGAUGACAGCGCAGCCACCCCACAGGACGAGACAGUUGAAGAGAGAGGCCGGAACGAGGGCCUCAGCAGUGGCACCCUCUCUAAAUCCUCCUCCUCGGGGAUGCAGAGCUGCGGAGAAGAAGAAGGGGAGGAGGGCGCUGACGCGGUGCCACUGCCUCCGCCCAUGGCCAUCCAGCAGCAUAGCCUCCUGCAGCCGGACUCGCAGGAUGACAAGGCCUCUUCUCGAUUACUAGUUCGGCCCACCAGCUCCGAAACACCAAGUGCAGCUGAGCUCGUCAGUGCCAUUGAAGAACUUGUGAAAAGCAAGAUGGCGCUGGAGGAUCGUCCUAGCUCCCUCCUUGUCGAUCAGGGAGACAGUAGUAGCCCUUCCUUCAACCCUUCCGACAAUUCCCUUCUCUCUUCCUCCUCGCCCAUUGAUGAGAUGGAAGAAAGGAAAUCCAGCUCUUUAAAGAGAAGGCAUUACGUUUUGCAAGAGUUAGUAGAGACUGAAAGAGACUAUGUACGUGACCUUGGCUAUGUGGUUGAGGGCUACAUGGCACUCAUGAAAGAAGAUGGAGUACCUGAUGACAUGAAGGGAAAAGACAAGAUUGUAUUUGGCAACAUCCAUCAGAUUUAUGACUGGCACAGAGACUUUUUUUUAGGAGAGUUGGAGAAGUGCCUUGAAGAUCCGGAAAAACUAGGAUCCUUAUUUGUUAAACAUGAGAGAAGGUUGCACAUGUACAUAGUUUAUUGUCAAAAUAAACCAAAGUCUGAGCACAUUGUGUCAGAAUACAUUGACACUUUUUUUGAGGACUUAAAACAACGCCUCGGCCACAGGCUGCAGCUCACAGAUUUGUUGAUCAAACCUGUGCAGAGAAUUAUGAAGUACCAGCUGCUGUUGAAGGACUUCCUCAAGUACUCCAAAAAAGCUAGCCUGGACACGUCAGAAUUAGAGAAAGCCGUGGAAGUCAUGUGCAUAGUACCAAAGCGGUGCAACGACAUGAUGAAUGUUGGGCGGCUUCAAGGAUUCGAUGGUAAAAUUGUUGCCCAGGGUAAACUGCUCUUGCAGGACACAUUCUUGGUCACAGAUCAAGAUUCAGGACUUCUGCCUCGCUGCAGAGAGAGGCGGGUUUUCCUCUUUGAGCAGAUUGUCAUAUUCAGUGAACCACUUGAUAAGAAGAAGGGCUUCUCUAUGCCAGGGUUCCUGUUCAAGAACAGUAUCAAGGUGAGUUGUCUUUGCCUGGAGGAAAAUGUGGAAAAUGAUCCCUGUAAAUUUGCUCUGACAUCGAGGACGGGUGAUGUGGUAGAGACCUUCAUUUUGCAUUCAUCCAGUCCAAGUGUCCGGCAAACAUGGAUCCAUGAAAUCAACCAAAUUUUAGAAAACCAGCGCAAUUUUUUAAAUGCCUUGACAUCACCUAUCGAGUACCAGAGGAACCACAGCGGGGGCGGCGGCAGCAGCAGCGGGGGCGGCAGCAGCGGGAGCGGGGGCAGCGGGGGCAGCGGGGCCUCCAGUGGUGGCAGCAGCAGUCAUGGCGGAGGCCUCAGCAGCUGUAGCGGCGUCCCCAGCUCGAGCAGGAGCAGGCCCUCCCGGAUCCCACAGCCUGUCAGACACCACCCCCCUCUGGUCUCCUCUGCAGCCUCCAGCCAGGCAGAGGCAGACAAGAUGUCAGGUAUGUCCGCUUCCAGCCCCUCACUGCCUCCCUCCACCAGCAGCCCGGCCCUUGACACUGGCCUUGGCCAGCCUAGCCGGGUCCCCACAAGUGGAGACUCUGAAGGUCCUGAACGAGAAGCAGAGCCCAUCCCCAAGAUGAAGGUGAUGGACAGCCCUAGGAAGACCACCGGGAAUGCUUCUUGUUCAAGCCAAGAAGGAAAUGCCAAGGAAGCGCGGGGCAGCCUGGGCCCACUGCCCCUGGGCAAGCCUAGGCCUGGCGCCAUCUCACCGCUGAACUCUCCUCUUCCCACCACCUUCCCUUCUCCUUUGGGCAAGGAGUCCUUUCCCCCCAGCAGUCCCCUGCAGAAGGGGGGCUCCUUCUGGAGCUCCAUUCCUGCCUCCCCGGCCAGCCGACCUGGCUCCUUCACCUUCCCGGGGGACAGUGACUCCCUCCAGCGGCAGACACACCGGCACGCAGCCCCCAGCAAGGACACAGACCGCAUGAGCACGUGCUCCUCGGCCAGUGAGCAGUCUGUGCAGUCCACGCAGAGCAACGGGAGUGAAAGUAGCAGCAGUAGCAACAUCUCCACCAUGCUGGUGACACACGAUUACACGGCAGUGAAGGAGGAUGAGAUAAACGUCUAUCAAGGAGAGGUCGUUCAAAUUCUGGCCAGCAACCAGCAAAACAUGUUUCUGGUGUUCCGAGCCGCCACUGACCAGUGCCCUGCAGCCGAGGGCUGGAUUCCGGGCUUUGUCCUGGGCCACACCAGUACAGUCAUCAUGGAGAACCCUGAUGGGACUCUCAAGAAGUCAACAUCUUGGCACACAGCACUCCGUUUAAGGAAAAAAAAUGAGAAAAAGGACAAAGACGGCAAAAGGGAAGGCAAGUUAGAGAAUGGUUACCGGAAAUCACGGGAAGGACUCAGCAACAAGGUAUCUGUGAAGCUUCUCAACCCCAACUACAUUUAUGACGUUCCCCCAGAAUUCAUCAUCCCAUUGAGUGAGGUCACGUGUGAGACAGGGGAGACAGUUGUUCUUCGAUGUCGUGUCUGUGGCCGUCCCAAGGCCUCAAUCACCUGGAAGGGCCCCGAACAUAACACCUUGAACAACGAUGGCCACUACAGCAUCUCCUACAGUGACUUGGGGGAGGCUGCUCUGAAGAUCGUUGGUGUGAGCACAGAAGACGACGGCAUCUACACGUGCAUCGCUGUAAACGACAUGGGGUCCGCCUCGUCUUCAGCCAGUGUGAGAGUUCUAGGUCCAGGGAGUGACGGGAUCAUGGUGACCUGGAAGGACAAUUUUGAUUCCUUCUACAGUGAAGUGGCCGAGCUCGGCAGGGGCAGAUUUGCUGUUGUUAAGAAAUGUGAUCAGAAAGGAACCAAACGAGCAGUGGCCACAAAGUUUGUGAACAAGAAGUUAAUGAAGCGUGACCAGGUCACCCAUGAGCUCGGCAUCCUGCAGAACCUCCAACACCCCCUCCUUGUUGGCCUCCUUGACACAUUCGAGACUCCCACCAGUUAUGUCCUGGUUUUGGAGAUGGCUGACCAGGGUCGCCUCCUGGACUGUGUGGUACGAUGGGGAAGCCUCACGGAAGGGAAGAUCAGAGCACACCUGGGGGAGGUUCUGGAAGCUGUCCGAUACCUUCACAACUGCAGGAUAGCACACCUGGACCUAAAGCCUGAGAAUAUCCUGGUGGAUCAGAGCUUAGCCAAGCCCACAAUUAAACUGGCCGACUUUGGAGAUGCUGUCCAGCUCAACACGACCUAUUACAUCCACCAGUUACUGGGGAACCCGGAGUUUGCAGCCCCUGAAAUCAUCCUUGGGAAUCCUGUCUCCCUGACCUCGGACACGUGGAGCGUUGGAGUGCUCACCUACGUGCUUCUCAGCGGCGUGUCCCCCUUCCUGGACGACAGCGUGGAGGAGACCUGCCUGAACAUUUGCCGAUUAGACUUCAGCUUCCCGGAGGACUACUUUAAAGGGGUUAGCCAGAAGGCCAAGGAGUUUGUGUGCCUCCUCCUGCAGGAGGACCCGGCCAAGCGCCCCUCGGCUGCACUCGCCCUGCAGGAGCAGUGGCUACAGGCGGGCACCGGCAGUGGCAAAGGCUCGGGCGUCCUUGACACGUCCAGACUGACCUCCUUCAUUGAGCGGCGCAAACACCAGAAUGAUGUUCGACCUAUCCGUAGCAUUAAAAACUUCCUACAGAGCAGGCUUCUGCCUAGAGUUUGACCUAUCUUGAAGUUCUUUCUCAUUCUCUUUCACCUGCCAAUCAACUAAUUUGAAUUUUGAAGAGGAAAACAAUCAAACCUUAGUCCUGGCUGCCGACGUUGAGUUCAUCGUGUGCCGCUGCGUUGUCAGUGAGCUGCGCUGGGGUGGAGGACCUGCACUUACCUCUGCGAACGCAGAGAUUGCAUUGCUGUACCACAGUAUUUUAUUCAGGUUUCUGCAAAAAAAAAAAAAAAAUUUAAAAGAUACUUUUUUAAAUGAACAUGGAUAGAAUUUUGCAAAUUUAAACAUUUUGAAGAUUUGUUCAAGGAAACACAGUGCCUGUGUUCAACCACCGGCAUUCACGAACAAAACGAUGACGCCGUCCAUCCCGGGGAAGGCCGGCCAGGCAGCCGCGCUCUCCUGGCCUCCUCGCCAGCCUCCGCACCUGCCUGGCGCUGGCCUUCCCCGGCCGCCCCGGCCGGGUCUGUCCUGCCAGACACCAGACGCGGCUUCUGAAACGUGCAUUUCAACCUCAACUUUUGCAUAAAAUAGAAUGAAUUGUUUUGCUCUGAUGAAAUGUAGGCCUUACUUGUACAUAAGACUGUUCCUGCCUUCGGUCUGUCAUUCCCCCUCUUGUCCCCCACCCGGCACCUGGGCCUUCCUUGAGGUCCAAGGGUCUGCCCGGUAAAUGAAGACCUCAGGGGAGGUCCCACUCCACGACCCCCCUCCCGCCCCCGCCCCAAGCCAUCCGUCAGAUAGAUUGUUGAGCGGUAUACAGUCAGAUGAAAAUACUGUAAAUGCACUCGUUGGGGGGGUUUUUUUGGUUUUAUUUCAUAUCAUGUGCAAUGUUGUGGCUUUAACAUUUUAUGCAACUAUUUAUGAAGACCUCCGUUGUAUCUGUAAUAAAUAUAUAGAAAAAGCACAUACUUCGUACGGUGAGCUUUAUGGUUCUGUGUGCGUGUUGGGGGAGGGGUUGUAGCCCUGUGCCAUCAGUUCAGAGAGACCUAACUCUUCGUGAAAUUUGUCAGUUUUGAAAACUGUAAAAGGUGAUUUCAUACUCUGAAUAAAAACCUGGAUAAUAGGGUAAUUUUUUUCAAAUUUAUUAUGCUAUUAUUCAGAAUGCCAAAGUAUUAUUUUUUUCCCAAAAUCAGUCUGGACAUUUACUACUUUCUAAACUUUUUGACAUUCAACUUUCUGUACAAAAAUUGGCUGGAUUUUGAACUUUUUGGUAAGAAAUUAAAGCCAAUUUCGCACCGGCCCCCCGGGAGGCUGGUACCUAAUGCCCGAGUCACUGUGGCAGUCCGCGCUGGUGUGGGAACGCUUGGAACACAGACGCUGGUUUCUGGCAUGUUUGAAUUUUUCUGGAUGUCUUUUUAUCUUUGUGUGAAAUACAGUAAUAAAAUAAAGAGACCAGCCUGCUUCCCAAGCCAGCUAGACAUCUGGGUCUUGAGCCAUAAACUGGCAUGAUGAAGCCUCACAGCUUCCAGUGGAGUUAAUUUAUUCUUUUGUUGAGUUUUUGUUUUCUUCUUGUAAAAUUGUACAGAAACUUUUUAAAAAGAAAUUGGAUUCAAAAACUGGAUGUGUAUCCGUAACCUCAUAACUUUCAUUUGUGUAUUGUUUCUUUUAUUUCAGUUAAUUUUUUACAUUAUUUUGCAUGUAUAUUUCUUUGUACAGAGACUUUACAUGUUUACACAGUAUGAUGUGAUGUAAAUAUUUUAUUUUACCAUCAGUUAUUUUAAAAAAAUUAAACAUAUUUG